ACUAUGCGAAACAACCCGAAACUAAAACGACGAUCAUUUCGAUAUAAAAUAGUAAAUUCAACUUGGAAUUUCUGUAUUUCUCGGAAACAAGCGAAAUGCGUCUCUAGACUUUUGAAUUCAAUCAUUGAGAAAUGUAUAAGUGGAUUUAUGCUGCGUACAUUCUUCUAGAAUGUACAAACUUUUGCACUACGGAAUAUGAUCUGUAUAUAAAUUCGACAGAAAGUAAGAAAAUAUUUGGUUAUGAAGCAAAUUUUUACUUUGUGAGAAAUGGGGAAAUCAAACAAAAUGCUGUUGAUCAUCAUAUAAACAUACCAACAAAAGAGAAUUGUGUUCCUUUUUCAUGGAAGGCGACAAAUUAUAAGGAUAAACUUCAAGUUGACUUUCAUAUACUGAUCAAUGCCUCUGGCAUCAUGCAUUUUGAUAUGCCAAGGUUAACAGCUAUCAAAACAGAAAAAAGAGAUUUCUGUAUAACAGCUACUUGCACUGGUCAGGUGGAAGGUACUCUUGCCUUUACCAUCAUUAUCAAUGUCACUGGGUUUGUUGAUUAUGGUAACAAAACUGUUUUACGAUUUCCAAGGACAAAAUAUUGCAACAAAGAUAUAGGAUUGGUAGUUGAUACUGUGGCAGACGAAGAAACAUCAAUAACGUCAUAUAUUGCUGUUGCAAUUGCUUGUACUGUAAUUCUGAGUCUAGCUGCCACCAAUGCUGUGAUACAUGUACUAUCAAUGCCAAAAUCAGAAAAAGUAAAAGAGGGAACAACUCAGGCCUCCCCCUCCAAGACCUGUAGCACAACAACCCAUUGUACAAAACGUGCGACAAAUACAUCUUACUGUCCCUGUGUUACGUCAUACUUACUUGCCGCCAGAUCGCCUGGCACCUGGUGGACGCCCGACAACAGUACCUCCAAGAAUUUUCCUCCUCCCAACCGCCCGGCGACGUCGACAAUUGGUAAUCAGAUUCCACAAGACCCUCUACAUCCUGAAGACAUUGUUCCACUUCGAGAAAAAAGAAACAAAGAAAUUCGGGAAAAACUACAAGAUAUCGUGUUAGAUAGGUCACGUGUGUCUCUACAUGAGUUGCUGCAAGAGGGAACUUUCGGAAAGAUUUUUGAAGCUGUCGUAACUGGUCCGGAGGACGGCGAAGGACAAAAUGUUCUUGUCAAAACUGUUUCAGAGAAGGCGUCAGAUGAACAAGCAAGCCUUCUAUUAGCUGAAGGAAGCAUGUUAAAAGGUUUGAAUCACCAGAAUAUUUGCUCCAUAGCAUAUGUUUGUCUCGCCGAGGAGAAUUGUGAACGACCCUUCGUCAUAACACCCCAGAUGAAUCAAGGUAAUCUAAAAAACUUCCUUAAAAAAUCAAGAACUCCUGAAGGAACAGGUUUGGAAAAGAGUGUGACAACACGUGAUCUUAUUGACAUGGCGUUGCAAAUAGCUAACGGGAUGUUAUACUUAGAAAUGCGUAAUAUCGUCCAUAAAGACUUAGCGACCAGAAAUUGUGUGAUUGAUGACGAAUUUCACAUCAAGAUAACCGAUUGUGCGCUAUCUCGAGAUUUAUUUCCAAUGGAUUAUCAUUGUCUUGGUGAUAACGAAAAUAAACCAGUGAAGUGGAUGGCCGUAGAAAGUCUUGAGCAACAUCGAUUUACAACAGCCAGUGAUGUUUGGUCGUUUGGAGUUGUUUUGUGGGAGCUGAUCACACUCGGUCAACAGCCGUACAACAGUAUUGAUGCAUUCGAAAUGGUAUUCUAUUUGAAGAACGGACAUCGCUUGGGUCAACCAACAGGCUGUCCUGAUGAUCUUUUUACAAUCAUGGGCUAUUGUUGGGCGCUCUCUGCCGAAGAACGUCCGGGUUUUGCGCAACUAAUGAUUUUACUUACUAAAUUUUACAAUGCGUUAAUCCAGUUUAUAUGAUGUGAAGACAACAAUUCUGAUUCUGAAACACCUGACUGUUUACAUUGACACGCGUCAGGCUGUAGUGAAAUCAGGAGAUUUUAUUAUGAUCUUUAUUCUGUGAUUUAAGGGGUGGUUUACUUUGUUGGUUUAGUUAUUUAUUGUAAUGAAGGCAUCAAACAAACAUUUUAUUAGGUGCCUUAUUUUUUGAACUUGUGGCGACAUUACAAGCUUCAUUUAAGGUUUUCAAUGCUAUAUCGGUCACGUGUUCCCUAUUUUAUUGUCACUUCCAACAAUCUAGUGUGUCCUAAAAGAUGAAUAGUGUGUCGUACUAGUUAUAGGUGUGAGUUGAGGUGAAGUUUGGAUAUUUUUGAAUAAGGCUCGACAUAGUUAUUAUGAGUUAAAAGAAUACGUUGUAAUUAUUGAGGUCAUGUCGUGUUUUUAUUUAGCUGAUAUAAACCUGAUCUUAUACUGUUUUACCCUUCACGACCGACAUAAAAUGUGAAAAUGGAUCUGUUAUUACUUUUUGUGUGUUUGUUAUGAUCAGACUGAACACGAAUCAUCCUUUCGAACCCGCGUCCCAUUACCCACGGUGAACCGCAUGGUGCUACACGAAUUUCCCCGUCUAUUUGAACGACUUGCCUUUUGCAUCACGUGACUCCAGUAUUAACACGGUAGCUCAAAAUCUAGAACUCGAUCAACUAUCGGGAGAAGCAAGUUUAAUAGGUCUAUGUACUCUCUAGAUAUUUUUACUCCAUAGAUUUUUUAUUUUAAAUAUAGAUAGCGCCUAACUUUGUAAAUAGUUUUUUAAAAAUCCUUUUAGGGAGUUUUAAUAUGUAUUUUAUAUCAUUAAAUAUCUAUCUAUUGAGGCAUCGGAUACAUCUGUAUGAACUUUAGGACAUUCAAAGUCAUUUUUCAAAAGUAGAAAUAUUCGUCAUUAUUUGAUGUAACUGUUACGUAGGCGAUUUACAACAAUUUUUCUUUUUC